AGAGUACGCAUUAUUCAGUUAUUUUUGAUUUUCCGCUUUCUGAUAAAAAGAAAAACUGCUUUUUCUCUUUCUUUUCUUUUCUUUAUUAUUUUUUUAUCAUUUUUUUUUAUCUUUUUUCUGACAACAUUACGACACAAAUCAAUAUUCCUUGUCGCUGAAGUUUGGAUUGUCAAGGAGGAAUAAGGAAGUUACCAAUGGAUUCUCAAGCAAAAUGAAUGAAGAUUGUAUACACAUAACGCAGCCCAAUCACCUUUGUCACCAAACAGGAAUUCUGUCUUCUGAAUCUAUUGCCAAUGUUUUCCCAAAAGUGUUAUUCUAUCUGUUAUCCAUAUGAUGCGAAACUUCGAACACUACUAUAGGAUUCUACUCUCAAAAUAUAUGGGAAAAGAAUGAAUGGUACUCUAAGGGUAUAUGCAGGUUGGUUGACAAGGCAAGCUUUAGGGAAACAAGCAAGGAAAGCAACAGCAUAUGGCAUCCAGGAUGAUUUGGUGACAAAUGAUAAGUUCAACUACCAGAAAAUCAAGGACAACUUAUAUGGGAAACCAAGUAAGGAAAAGUCCACAUCAAGAUUUGCUACUUCUCAAUUGAAAGACGAUCCAAGACACAUAACUGCUGAUUUGGAUAUGAAUAAUUAUAUUAUCAUCUGGAACGGAUUACGGAAUUGCGACAUUAGAAUGGAACACUUCACUGUAGAUAACAACGAAGUAUACACGCUCAUGUAUUGCGGCGGUUGUAAUCGGAUACAUAACAGAGACAAAAAUGCAGCAGCGAAUAUGUGGAAGCUUAUUGAUCACCAUAUGUCUCACGGUAACCGAUCGCCUACUCUUACCCGACAAAAUCAACGCCAAAGAUAUAACAAUGGUAUAAGACCUGAUUGGAAGCGUUAUGGAUUUGCAAUCAUGAAUGGAAUAACACAGUUUACGAAAAACCCUUAUGCAACACCGAACAAGAUUGUGGCAAAACCAAACAAGAAAUCGGACGCUUUAGAAUUUUGCGGUAACAUCAUGUCACCUCAAAGAAGUACCAGGUACAAAAACGAAAAGAUUCGGAAUCUUACUAGGAAUCUUAGAAACAAUCUGGAUCUCACGAUAAUUCUUGGUGCUGCUCUGUUAUAAAGUAGUUAUACCUCUAUUGGAUGUGCUUGCAACAAACAUCGGAAAUGUGUACUUUGGCAAAUCGUGUUUCGCUAAUUCAAUCAUUCAAAUUCUAUGAUAAACAACAGCAGGUAAUGCCAGCAACUCAAACGACGAAUGAAAUGAAAUUAUCCAGUGAUGCUUACCUUCUCUAGUUAGUGUUUUAUCAAAUAUAUAUAUAUAUAUUUAUCAAUAAAAACAACAUUUAUUUUUCCAA